AAGCGCCAUCAGUUUCAUUUUGUGGAGGUCAACACUUUGUUGGUUAUCGCGCUUCCGUUACUUAUAGGUUGUGAUAAAGCACUAAAUAAAACAAGCUGCCUUCAACAUAUCGUAAAGGAUGUGUUAAAGAAUGACCGAGCUUUCGUCCUGGGGAAUAGCCACACCAUGAUGGGUAUCCUCGCACUCCCGCUGUCGACAUUGCUACCACUCGGAACCCUAGCUCUUCUCCUUGCUGCGGUCCUUGCACCAAAAGUGCUGGGAAAGCGGAAAUAUCCACUGCCGCCUGGACCUCCUGGAGAGUUCAUAUUAGGCCACUAUCGAAGAAUUCCUUUUGUGGCCGCUUUCAAACAAUAUGCAAAAUGGGGAAAGGAGUACAAAUCCGACGUGCUUUACUUCGAGACCUUCGGUACGAAAUGGAUUGUCUUGAACAGUCUGAAAUCGGCCAUCGACUUGCUAGAUAAACGUGGGUCUAAUUACAGUGAUCGGCCGAAAUUUAUUCUUUUCGAGGAGAUGGGCUGGGCACCAACUUUGACAUGGCUGCGAUGGGGCCCCCAGAUGCAGCGACAUCGGAAAAUCCUCCAGCCGGCGUUUAGCAAAGCCCAGGUGCGCCAGUAUCAGGACAACCAGCAACGGCAGGCCUUAAUCUGUCUCAGAAAUAUGUUAGAUGACCAGUCCAACUACCUCAGUGCAAUUCGUAGAUUUGCCGUUGCCAUUGUGCUGAACAUUAGCUAUGGCAUUGACGUUGAGUCACCGGAUAGUCGGUGGAUUAAAAUUGCAGAUGAUGCAGCUGAAGCGAUUAGCAAUUCUGGUGCUCCAGCAAGUAGUAUUAUUGAUCAUUUCCCGGCAACACGCCAUCUCCCUACCUGGCUUCCGUUCAUGGAGCGCCUCCGCUACGCUCGAAAGUGGCGAUGGGCCAUAGAAGCCAUCACCAACAUUCCUUUCGCUCUCGCUCAAAAAGAAAUGAGCGAGAAAAUAGACCGUAAAUGCUUCUCACAUGAUCGCCUCACUGUUUACAAUGCCAAUGCCGAAAAGGGGAAUCUGAACGAAUUCACUAUGGAUGAUAUACGAGGUGCAUCCGCCGCUAUUUUUAUUGCCGGAAAUGAUACAACAGCAACAACAGUUCAAUUAUUUGUCCUCUAUCUCAUGCAAAACCCGGACGCUCAAGCCAAAGCGCAAGCCGAGAUAGAUCGUGUCGUUGGUUCAGACCGUCUGCCGACCUGGGAUGACAUACCAAAUCUGCCUUACAUAAAUCUUAUUCUUCAAGAAACUUAUCGUAUGAACCCACUCUCUCCGUUGGGCAUCCCCCAUGCAUCUAUCAGUGAUGAUGUGUAUGAAGGAAUGUUUAUUCCAAAGGGAACUAUUGUUUACCCGAACGUCUGGGGUAUUCACCACAAUGAAUCAUUCUACUCGGAACCAUUCAAGUUCUGGCCCGAGAGGUAUUUGCCCAAGGAGCAAGGUGGUAAGGGAGAGCCGUAUCCAGUGGGCAACUUUGGAUUCGGUCGCCGGGUUUGUAUUGGCCGAGUAUUAGCUGAGAACAGUUUGAUGAUUAUCUUGGCUAAUAUGGUCGCGACCAUCAAUAUUCGCUAUCCCCUUGGUUCACACGGCGAGCGGACACCGUUCGAGCCCGAGUGGUCGUACAUAGGACAAGCACAUCCGCUCCCUUUCCCUGUCGAUUUCUGCGCAAGAUCUGCCAUGGCAGAACAGUUGCUUAGGACUGCUGUUGGAGUGGCUCGGUGAUACCAACCCACAAGCAUUAUACUACCUUGAAAUGAUGUACAGAUUCUAUUGGCAGAUAUGGACAAGAUGCUGUAUGGAAGAUUGCAAUGCCGGUUUCAUUAGUGAACAGGUUUAAUUUUGGUACACGACGUUGGAAAUACUUCUGUACGUUUACUUAGUCCAGCAAAUUUAACAUGGAAUGAUGUUGGAAGGACCUCAGCUUUGGCAAGCCGAACAUUCGUAUACCUCACUGGUUUUGUUUGUGAUAUAGCGGUGAUUGUUAGAGUUUUAAAAUACACUCGUCA